AUGAGGAUUAUAACAGUAGUUUGUGGAGAUGAUAAAUUGGAGAAUGGAUUAAGUUCCGGCAAUCUUUGUGAAGAUGGCGAACCAGUUCAGCCAGCUGAACAGACCCUAACCAUGCAAGAUAAGACCAACCCUCUGCCCACAGAUCUUCCUUUAGAGAGCGUAUCCAAAAAAGAAGAAUCAGACACUUGUAAACAAGAAGUUCCUGAAAAGGAACAAACUAGACGGUCUGUAGAAUCUAGGGAUGUAUCCGUUCAAACUGAACCAAUGAGCUGCCAUACAGGCAUGUAUCUUAUGCAAUCUAUAUAUGACUCUGAUGAACAAACUGCGAGUUCUGGAGAUGAAUGGGUUUAUCCAGAGCUGAAAACGCCCCAAAGAGUAACAAUUGACAUUACUGAGAAAAGGAUGGAUCUUUACAAGACGAUCCAUUACGAAUGUGAGCAGAAUUCAAUCAGGUUAAUCCUUCCGCAUAAAGAUAUAAGGGUGGAUAAAGUUGCAAGUGAUGGAAUCAUAUUAAGUGAGUUCUCUUCCACUGAAGCACUCGAAUAUAUCAAGGCAUAUCUCAACAUUGAUGGUAAGCCAGAGCUUGUGAUUGUCAUGUUUACUGACAACGGUAACUUGCGUAGUAGAAAUUACGCUAGAAAAAAGGAGGAAUGGGAACGUAACAGCUACAAUUACAUCACAAUGAUAAAGGAUUUACAGUUUGAUGUGUCUAUGAGCUGCAAUUGUCUCAUAGAUGUUGGAUGUGCAGUAGAUAAUGAGAAUUGCACGAUAUUUGAUGCAGAUAUUCUUGGACUUUAUACACGUUUUUUCUUUCCAAAAUCUGGACAUGUUGCUAGAGAGGUAAGGUACAAUCAACAGAUCCUCUGGACGGCAAACCAAGGUGAAGAUGGAAAAUGUAUAUCCUGUGCAAUUUAUACAUAUGGAACGACGUCUCUGCUAUUUUUCAGGGUAAAGGUUGGAGAAGGAAUUUACUACCGGUGGUUUGAUAAAGUGGAUGGAUCCUGGAAAGAAGUGGAACGAUUCUUUUUCUUUAGAAAGAAGGAAGAAAUGGCAAAGAAUAGAGCUGAAACAAGGGCUAGAUGGGCUGAAAAUGGAUUUAUCUAA